AUGGCCAGCCGGAGGCGUCAGAGUGCUGUGGGCAACAUGCUGGAGCACAGGGUCCUCUCAGAGCCCACAGCAGCCCACAGCCUGGAGCCUGGGGGUGAGGAAGGGGAGCUGCCCCUGGAGGAGUAUGUGCCCACUGGCCUGGAGCUGGCUGCCUUGAGGCUCGAGAGCCCCCAGCCCGCUGAGCAAGAGUGUGCAGACCACAGCCCUGAUGGAGACUCAAGCUCUGACUAUGUCAACAACACCUCUGAGGAGGAGGACUAUGAUGAGGGCCUCCCUGAGGAGGAGGAAGGCAUCACUUACUACAUCCGUUACUGCCCAGAGGACGACAGCUACCUGGACGGCAUGGACUGCAACAGUGAGGGGUACCUAGCCCACAGCACCCCUCACGUGGAGACAGACGAGUGCCAGGAGGCAGUGGAGGAGUGGACGGACUCAGCUGGCCUGCAUCCUCUGGGCCCAGGACCAGAAGGCAGCCAGGACUACCAGGAUGGCCCCCUUCCUGUCCCGGAGCAUGAACCGCCCACCCUGGAGAACCAUGAUCCGGAGCGAGACAUGCAUUACUGCCCUGGGGAAGAUGGGUACCAGGACUAUUACCUGGCAGAGACCAAUGGCAAUGCCACGGGGCACCCCCCUUACAGCCUGCGGAGAGCAGAGGGGGACCUGGAGGACCAGGAGGAGGACAUCGACCAGAUCGUGGCUGAAAUCAAGAUGAGCCUGAGCAUGACCAGCAUCACCAGCACCAGUGAGGUCAGCCCAGAGCACACGAGUGUGCAGGGGCCAGAGCCAGGGUCCGGGGGCCUCACAGAGGUCUGCUCGCCUGGUGAGGCCAGUCAUGGCCCCAGCAGACAUGAGGGCCGGCCCAAGUCACUGCACCUCCCUGUGGAAGCCAAGCCAACUGGGGACCAACACAGAGGCUUCAAGACCAAGACAAGGACCCCAGAGGAGAGGCCAAAGUGGCCCCAAGAGCAGGUUUGCAAUGGUUUGGAACAGCCAAGGAAGCAGCAGCGCUCCGAUCUCAACGGACCCAUUGACAAUAACAACAUUCCAGAGACAAAGAAAGUGGCAUCAUUUCCAAGUUUUGUGGCUGUUCCAGGUCCCUGUGAGCCCGAGGACCUCAUAGAUGGGAUCAUCUUUGCUGCCAACUACCUGGGAUCCACACAGCUGCUGUCGGAGCGAAACCCAUCCAAGAACAUCAGGAUGAUGCAGGCACAAGAAGCCGUCAGCCGUGUCAAGAGGAUGCAGAAAGCUGCUAAAAUCAAGAAGAAAGCGAAUUCUGAGGGGGAUGCCCAGACGCUGACUGAAGUGGAUCUCUUCAUCUCCACGCAGAGGAUCAAGGUUCUCAAUGCCGACACACAGGAAACCAUGAUGGACCAUGCCUUGCGUACCAUUUCUUACAUCGCUGACAUUGGGAACAUCGUGGUGUUGAUGGCGCGGCGCCGCAUGCCUCGCUCAGCAUCACAGGACUGCAUCGAGACCACCCCCGGGGCCCAGGAGGGGAAGAAGCAGUACAAGAUGAUCUGCCAUGUGUUUGAAUCAGAAGAUGCCCAGCUCAUUGCCCAGUCCAUCGGCCAGGCAUUCAGUGUGGCCUACCAGGAGUUCCUGCGGGCCAACGGCAUCAACCCUGAAGACCUGAGCCAGAAGGAGUACAGCGACAUCAUUAACACCCAGGAGAUGUACAACGAUGACCUCAUCCACUUCUCAAACUCAGACAACUGCAAGGAGCUGCUGCUAGAGAAGCACAAAGGUGAGAUCCUAGGAGUAGUGGUCGUGGAGUCAGGCUGGGGCUCCAUCUUACCCACGGUGAUCCUGGCCAACAUGAUGAACGGUGGCCCAGCUGCCCGCUCAGGGAAGCUCAGCAUCGGGGACCAGAUCAUGUCCAUCAAUGGUACCAGCCUGGUGGGGCUGCCCCUUGCCACCUGCCAGGGCAUCAUCAAGGGCCUGAAGAACCAGACUCAGGUGAAGCUCAACAUCGUCAGCUGCCCACCAGUCACCACCGUCCUGAUCAAGAGGCCGGAUCUCAAGUACCAGUUGGGCUUCAGCGUACAGAACGGAAUAAUCUGCAGCCUCAUGAGAGGUGGUAUCGCUGAGCGAGGUGGUGUGCGAGUUGGCCAUCGCAUCAUUGAGAUCAAUGGACAGAGUGUUGUGGCCACAGCCCAUGAGAAGAUCGUGCAAGCCCUGUCUAACUCUGUCGGAGAGAUCCACAUGAAGACCAUGCCUGCCGCCAUGUUCCGGUUGCUCACGGGCCAGGAGACACCACUGUACAUCUAG